CGGCCGCGCUCGCUCCGCGCUCCCCGCGCUCCCUUCGCUCGCUCGCUCGCUCGUUCCCUCCUCCCUCGGCAGCCGCGGCGGCAGCAGGAGAAGGCAGCGGCGGCGGCUGGGGAUCAGACAUGGCGGCGGAUCUGAACCUGGAGUGGAUCUGCUCCCUGCCCCGGUCCUGGACGUACGGGAUCACCAGGGGCGGCCGAGUCUUCUUCAUCAACGAGGAGGCCAAGAGCACCACCUGGCUGCACCCCGUCACCGGCGAGGCCGUGGUCACAGGACACCGGCGGCAGAGCACAGAUUUGCCUACUGGCUGGGAAGAAGCAUACACUUUUGAAGGUGCAAGAUACUAUAUAAACCAUAAUGAAAGGAAAGUGACCUGCAAACAUCCAGUCACAGGACAACCAUCACAGGACAAUUGUAUUUUUGUAGUGAAUGAACAGACCGUUGCAACCAUGACAUCUGAAGAAAAGAAGGAACGACCUAUAAGUAUGAUAAAUGAAGCUUCUAACUAUAACAUAACUUCAGAUUAUGCAGUGCAUCCAAUGAGCCCUGUAGGCAGAACCUCACGGGCUUCAAAAAAAGUUCAUAAUUUUGGAAAGCGGUCAAAUUCAAUUAAAAGGAAUCCUAAUGCACCUGUGGUCAGACGAGGUUGGCUUUAUAAACAGGACAGUACUGGCAUGAAGCUGUGGAAGAAACGCUGGUUUGUGCUUUCUGACCUUUGCCUCUUUUAUUAUAGAGAUGAGAAAGAAGAAGGUAUUCUGGGAAGCAUCCUGCUACCUAGUUUUCAGAUAGCCAUGCUUACCUCUGAGGAUCACAUUAAUCGCAAAUAUGCUUUUAAGGCAGCCCACCCAAACAUGCGGACCUAUUAUUUCUGCACUGAUACAGGAAAGGAAAUGGAGUUGUGGAUGAAAGCCAUGUUAGAUGCUGCCCUGGUACAGACAGAACCUGUGAAAAGAGUGGACAAGAUUACAUCUGAAAAUGCACCAACUAAAGAAACCAAUAACAUUCCCAACCAUAGAGUGCUAAUUAAACCAGAGAUCCAAAACAAUCAGAAAAAUAAGGAAAUAAGCAAACUUGAAGAAAAAAAGGCAUUAGAAGCUGAAAAAUACGGAUUUCAGAAGGAUGGUCAAGAUAGACCUUUAACAAAAAUUAAUAGUGUAAAGUUGAAUUCUCUGCCAUCUGAACAUGAUGGUGGGCUGGCAUUCCCUGCUCAGACUGCACACUACAGACCAGUCAAUGUGAAUAGUUCAGAGAACAAAGCAGUCAAUGUUAGCCUGGCAGAUAUUAGAAGUGGACAUCACCCAAAUGCAGGCCCCUUGCACACAGAGGCUGAUCGAGUCAUACAGAGAACAAAUUCAAUGCAGCAGUUGGAACAGUGGAUUAAAAUCCAGAAGGGGAGGGGUCAUGAAGAAGAAACCAGGGGAAUAAUUUCUUACCAAACACUACCAAGAAAUAUGCCAAGCCACAGAGCGCAGAUUGUGGCCCGCUACCCCGAAGGUUAUAGAACACUCCCGAGAAACAGCAAGACCAGGCCUGAGAGUAUCUGCAGUGUAACCCCUUCCACGCAUGACAAGACAGUAGGACCCGGAGCAGAAGAGAAACGGAGGUCAAUGAGAGAUGACACGAUGUGGCAGCUCUAUGAAUGGCAGCAGCGUCAGUUUUAUAAUAAGCAGAGCACCCUUCCUCGACACAGUACUUUGAGUAGUCCUAAAACCAUGGUGAAUAUUUCUGACCAGACAAUGCACUCUAUUCCCACAUCGCCUUCCCAUGGGUCAAUAGCCACUUACCAAGGAUAUUCUCCUCAACGAACGUAUAGAUCAGAAGUGACUUCACCAAUUCAGAGAGGAGAUGUGACAAUAGACCGCAGACACAGGGCCCAUCACCCUAAGCAUGUCUAUAUGCCUGACAGAAGGUCAAUGCCAGCUGGCCUAACUUUACAGUCUAUUAGUCCCCAGAGCCUCCAAGGCAAAACGCCAGAGGAGCUUACGCUGCUGCUAAUAAAGCUGAGACGGCAGCAAGCCGAACUGAGUAGUAUCCGGGAGCAUACGUUAGCACAGCUCAUGCAGCUAAAGCUUGAGGCCCACAGCCCAAAGAAUGAAAUUCUUUCACAUCAUCUUCAAAGGAACACCAUAUAUUUGGAUCAUCAGAUGAAAGAAAAUGAACCUAUAAUCACCAUGGUUCACACAAUGAUUGAGAACUCGGCGCUAAGACCCCAACUGUACCAGCAACUAUCACAAGAUGAAUGUAGAGGCACAUUAUACAAAUACAGACCCGAAGAAGUAGAUAUUGAUACCAAGUUAAGCCGAUUAUGUGAACAAGAUAAAGUGGUACAUGCUCUGGAAGAGAAACUUCAGCAGCUCCACAAGGAGAAAUACACGCUUGAGCAAGCUUUGCUAUCAGCCAGCCAAGAGAUAGAAAUGAAUGCAGAUAACCCAGCAGCCAUUCAGACAGUGGUGUUACAGAGGGACGAUUUACAAAAUGGACUGCUCAGUACGUGUCGAGAACUCUCUCGAGCCACUGCCGAAUUGGAACGAGCAUGGAGAGAAUAUGAUAAGUUAGAAUAUGAUGUAGCUGUUACCAGGAACCAGAUGCAAGAGCAGCUAGAUCGCCUUGGUGAAGUUCAGACUGAGUCAGCAGGAAUUCAGCGUGCACAGAUUCAGAAAGAACUUUGGAGAAUUCAGGAUGUCAUGGAAGGGCUGAGUAAACACAAACAGCAAAGAGGUACUACAGAAGCAGGUACAGCAGGAUUAAAGCCUUUCUCAACAGUUAAGUACAAAAAUGAGGAAGAGGAAGUAGUCCCACCUCGUCCUCCACUUCCUCGGUCCUAUGACUUUACAGAGCAGCCUCCCAUAAUCCCCCCUCUGCCCAGUGAUAGCAGCUCCUUGCUCUGUUAUAGCAGGGGCCCAGUGCAUCUGCCUGAAGAAAAGAAGAUUCAUCAAGUUCAAGGAUAUCCAAGAAAUGGAUCUCACUGUGGUCCAGAUUAUAGACUCUACAAGAGUGAACCAGAGUUAACAACAGUGGCAGAAGUUGAUGAAUCUAAUGGAGAAGAAAAAUCAGAACCUGUUUCUGAGAUGGAAACUUCCGUUGUUAAAGGUUCACACUUUCCUGUUGGAGUAGUCCCGCCAAGAACAAAAUCACCGACCCCUGAAUCUUCAACAAUAGCUUCAUAUGUAACCUUAAGGAAAACUAAGAAGAUGAUGGAUCUAAGAACGGAAAGACCAAGAAGUGCAGUGGAGCAGCUCUGUUUGGCUGAAAGUACUCGACCUAGGAUGACGGUGGAAGAGCAAAUGGAGAGAAUAAGGAGACAUCAACAGGCAUGCCUAAGGGAAAAGAAAAAAGGUUUAAAUGUUAUUGGUGCUUCAGACCAGUCACCCUUACAAAGUCCUUCAAAUUUAAGGGAGACUCCAUUCAGGGUUAAUCAGACUCGGAGGAGGGAUGAUAACAUUAAGGAACUGGACACUGUCGUUAGUGAAAAUGAUGUAAAGCCAGACCAUGAAACUCCUGCGGCAGAAAGUGUUCGACUAAAAGAAGCUGAACCCCAAACUACGGAUUUCAGCAAAGAGUGUAAAAAAACUGAAAGUGUUUUUUACGAAAUGGUUUUCAAACCUGAGCCAAAUGGAGUAAAUUCAGAGGAAGUGAUGGAUAAAGAAGGGAACAAAGAACAAAUGCCUGAGGAUGUUGCACGCAGCCCUCAAGAGGAGACACAGAUCACAAAUCAUAAACCAGAAGGCCACCUUGAAGAAAAUAUAAAGGACAACGUUCCUGAACAGGAAGAAACUGUUACUUCUUAUGAAUCAACUCCUGAGGUUUCUAGAGGAAGUCAAACAAUGGCAGCUAUACUGACUUCUGUUGAAACCAUUCAAAGCUAAAGAUACGGACCUUCGGCAAUGUAAGAAGUUAUUGUACAGUAUAUUUUAAAUCUAUGAAAUUCAUAGUUCUGAUGCUUUUGGCCACAGAGCAUCAUUUUAUCACUUCUGGAAAAUGUUUAUUCCAAAACAGCUUUAAUGGCCCAUAUGUACACUCCGUAAUCUCAAGGUUAUUAUUCUGACACCAGCUUGCUGCUAUGAUUUCAGAGCACAUAAGUAAAGGUGCUUUUUAAUGUGCAGUCUAUAGCCACAGCUUACUUAGUUGCUGAUUUCCAGAUUUUGAUAUUCCUGAAGUCUAAGUGAAUUUCUAUUUCUUUCUGCUUUUUAGUACAUAAAAUUAGUUAUUAUUUCCAAUGAAGCUUGUUUUGCUUUUUUUUUUCCCCUCCCCUUUUGGCUUCUGCAGUGCUUUGUUUCACACUUGAUUUGUAAAAAUUUUAUAUAUAUAUUUAAAAUGUGCCAUUUUAUUGCUAAUUGAAGUAUGUCCUGUUUUCUGCUAUAAUUCUUUCUCAGAGUCAGAUUGCAAUGUCAGCAGUUACUGCCACACUCUUGUCAGCUUCAAAACAAAUGUCACCGCUUAUCUUUUCUUAAAAACAAUUAAAAGUGUAGGUAUUUUGAAGUACUGGGCUUAUACUUCAUUGGAAUAGAUGUGUACAGCAAUAAGCAGGUUUUUAAAUCCAGUACUUAGUUUGUGUAUAAAUGUAAUUAUGUUCAUUGUGUAUAUAUUAUACAAUGAGCACAUGUAAUGUAUUAAAGGCUACUUACUAUUGUUUAAAUGCAAAUGUUCAUAUCUCAUUUCUUUUUUAUCAUGUUAAAUAAAUGUUGAUGUUCUUAAA